AUGUCAAUUCUCUGCUUUCUUCUCGUUGCCUUCUCGCAUUUUGCAUCAGCUGUUACACUGAAAGAGGGCAUGGAGGACAAGGAGAAGUACAUAUUCUAUGACACCUCACCCUUUAACGUCGGCUUACAUGCCGGUUUGGCGUUGUUAAUUACCUACGGUAUUUUGGGAACUUUUACUCCCUCGGUUAUGAUUAUUACAAAGGCGUUGGAGAAACGAAGGAAAAGACGUACUCGCACCAUGUCCCAUUAA